CAUUUUGCAUCAUGUGUACCUUAGCAAAGACACGGAUGAGAGAGCGUUCUACAAGAGCUUCCUCUUCUCGUCGCUCUCUCCAUUAUUGUCAUCUGCCACAGGCACCACCAUGGAAAAGCUGCUCGCCGUAGUGUGUGUUUCAAGCCUUCUUCUAGCCGCUCUUGCGGACGAUGCCUCCUCCCGAUCUUCUCUUCAGUACCCCUCCCUGGACAGUCUACAAGGUCGUGUUCUAGGUCGCAAAGGCCGAGAAGAGCCAGCACACCACCAUUACCGGCGUGAAGGCGAGCACGAGCAGCAUCAUGAGGUUGUACCUAUGGGAGUGGAGAGUGCUGAAGAGAGGAAGAAGGCAGGCUGGAGGAACGAGGACGAGGACGCGGUUGCGACGGAAGGGUUGAUCUCCAGCGCGGACUACAGCGGCGUGGCCAUGCACGGCCACAGCUCCCUGCCGGCGCACAAAAAGCACCCCAAACCAUAGGAUAGGCCUCCGGCUCUUCAUUUCGUGUGUAAUCUUGUCCAGUUCAAUGUCCUGCUCUUUGUGCCUUUAGCAAAGUAGUAGUAGUCCGGUUUUAUGGAAUUGGUGUAUCUUGGGUUCCUCGCCGUCUUUGUAAAAGAUGGCCCACGAUUUGAUAUGGAUCUUCGUUAAAAAGAAAAAUCGAGAUACAUAGUAGUCCAGUUUUUGGCCUUUGUUGCUU